AUGUGCGGCCACAGCUCAAUGCAUGUGCUUGGACUCUCGAAUGCUACCGACACUGCGGCGGCAGACCCCUCCUGGUUCUGCGCGACAACAAACUCGAACCCACGAGAGCCACAAAUCACAUGCGCAAAGGCUGCCAGUGUACAACUCAUCCUCUACGAUCGUCCUCAGCCUCAGGGGAUGCAAUACGUAUCAUUAAACCCAAUCGCUCUAGCGCUUGGACAUGACGGUUCAUCAUUAGGUGACGCACCGGUGGCGGAAGGAGAGCAGGAGACACGAGAACGGCAAAUGAAGGAGGAGAAGCGCAAACUGGUCGAGAAACUCAAGCAACACACCAUCUUCAAACGAGUACCCUCUGCGCGCGACAGAGCUCUGCCCAAGAUCAUCAAUCAGAUCAACUGGUCAUGGGAACUUGAGAAGACAUUGCAAAAGAAUGUGGGACGAUUGGGGUCAAGACCACGACGCAGCCUUAGUGUGUCUGAGAGGGUGGUAGAGACAGCAUCGACAAUGCGAAACUAUGUAAUACUGCAAUUGUGGACAUGGUUUACGCUAUAUCUCUUCCCUACCAUACGCAAGACCUUUGUUCUAGUUCUUAUGGGUCAUCGCAUAAUGGCAGAGAUGUUGCUCAUGCUGCUUGAGUUCCGGCUUAAGCCUGGCGCCGCAGCUCUCAAGGACAUAUCGGCCACAGCACAACAAGUUGAGAUACGACUUCAACAGUUUUGUUAUUGGCCGAUGCAGUACAUGACUCUGCGGCAGCGAAAGAACAAUUGGGCUAGUGUUACGACAAGCCAUCCGGACUAUAUCCGUUUCUACAACAGUUUGUGGCUCGUUGCUAAUGAUGUUAUUAUUGGCAUUGCACUGGGAUCAUAUAUAAUUGAGAACGCAGACUGGGUUGCCAUGCAGAUUGGAGAUCUGCUGCGCACUUACACGGUCGAUGCACUCCAAAGCAGUAUUUCAUGGCUGAUGGGCUGGCCUGCUGGUCUCAAACUCAAUGGCGAAUUGGCAGCUUUUCUGGGAGAUUUAUUCCUUUGGGUCAUCGACUACUGGUCUAGCUGUAUUGAAACCCUGACUCCAGCAUUGCCCAAGAUGGUGUGGUUUAUAGGAUUUUCCUCGUUCGCUGGCGCCAGCAUGCCAAUUGCUAUGUUCUCCGAUAUGCUCUCGACCUUGACUAUUCACAUCUAUUCAUUCUAUCUCGCAUCUGGAAGGAUAUACCAUUGGCAGCUUACGAUACUUCAAUCUCUCUUCCAUCUUUUCCGCGGUAAAAAGCACAACGUUCUUCGCAACCGUAUCGAUUCUUGCGAUUAUGACCUGGAUCAACUUCUUGUCGGCACCAUCCUGUUCACACUACUCUUCUUCCUUCUGCCAACAGUUGCUGUGUUUUAUCUCAACUUUGCCAUUGCGAGGAUGGCUAUCAUUUCUCUUAAGGCUGGAUUUGAUACCCUCCUCUCAUGUCUGAAUCACUUUCCGCUGUUUGCACUCAUGUUGAGAAUUAAAGACCCGAGGAGACUUCCUGGUGGCAUACGAUUUGAGCUUCGAGAUACCCACGACUAUAGACGCGAUGGCACGAAUAAUAGCAACACUGAUGGGCCGCCCCCUACCUCGGUCAUCUACCUCAAGUCAAUCCCUUUGACAUUCCGAAUCAUGUUCAAUCAAUACUUUCAGAUGGCAAACCGCAUUCGAAAGCAUUACCUCUCGCCUAAAGUCUUCUUCUGCCUUCUUACUGGGAAGUUUGUGCCGCCCAUCAACCGCAAGAAAUUGUAUAGUCUACAAUACAGCAUGUUGCCGGCCAGUCGAGCGACUAUUUGGGAGAUGUGGAAGGCGUUGAACACAGAGACAAGACCAGCCAAGCGAAUGCCGAUACCUUACAUCCCGCCAUUGCCCAAUGGGGGAAGACGAACUUCAGCGAAUAAUGGACGGGCUAGAUAA